AUGCCAACUCAAUCAGGAUACGGAUACGUCGAAGGAUAUUCAGACAUUCAAAAAUUCACUGAUAUCCCAAUUCCAACGCCAAAAGGAAAUGAAGUAUUAUUAAAAGUGGAAGCUGCCGGAUUAUGUCUUUCUGAUCCCCAUGUAUUAAUUGCUGGUCCAAUUGAAAGUAAACCUCCAAUUCCAUUAGCUACAAAAUUUGUCAUGGGUCAUGAAAUUGCCGGAUCUGUUAGUGCUGUUGGUGAACAAUUAGUUAACGAUCCAAAUUAUAAAAAAGGUGCUAGAUUUGCUUUACAAAUUGCUAAAGCUUGUGGAAUGUGUGAUUCAUGUCGUAAAGGAUAUGAUGGUGUUUGUGAUCUGAGUCAUCAAGCCUACGGGUUGAAUGAAGAUGGUGGUUUUCAACAAUAUUUGUUAGUCAAAAAUUUACGUACUUUAUUACCAAUCCCUGAAGGUGUCAGUUUUGAACAAGCCGCAGUCACUACCGAUUCAGUAUUGACUCCAUUCCAUGCUAUACAAAAAGUCAGACAUUUGUUAACACCAACAUCAAAAGUAUUAGUACAAGGAUGUGGAGGAUUGGGAUUGAAUGCCGUUCAAAUAUUGAAAAAUUACGGUUGUUAUAUUGUUGCAUCUGAUGUCAAAGGUGCCGUUGAGAAAUUGGCAUUGGAAUAUGGUGCUAAUGAAUUCCAUACCGAUAUUGGAAAAUCCAAGCAUGAACCAAUGUCAUUUGAUGUGAUUUUUGACUUUGUCGGUAUUCAACCAACAUUCAAUAAUUCUGAUAAAUUUAUUAAAAGACGAGGUAAAAUAGUAAUGGUAGGGUUAGGAAGAUCAAAAUUAUUAAUUCCAAAUUAUAAAUUGGGGAUUCGUGAAGUUGAAAUCAUUUUCAAUUUUGGUGGUCAUUCUGCCGAACAAGUUGAAUGUAUGGAAUGGGUUGCAAAGGGUUUAAUUAAACCUAAUGUUCAUGUUGCUGAUUUCAAUUCUUUGCCACAAUAUCUUGAAGAUUUGGCUAAUGGUAAAUUAACAGGAAGAGUUGUAUUUAGACCUAAUAAAUUGUAA